GGGGGGGGGAGCAUGUCAGGCUACCUGCACCACUUAUUUCCUCUGUGGAGCACUGAUCCACUCGCCAUGUUUACGUGUUUUUUUUUUCCACAUCAAGAGAGAAUGACGGAAAAAAACAGGCACAUUUGCUUUAGGGCUGAAAGCUAAAAUAAGGUUAAACAUUAAUCUCACAUGGAAAACAGACUUCUUAACGAACCAGCUCUUAACUCAAGCAGACGUUUGUUAUUUUUUGAAGGAAAUAUUUUUUUAAUAAAAGACAAAAAGUAAUACAAGUUCUGAAAAAAAAUAUAUUAACAUUUGCUUCAGAUGUCAGAAUCUUGAGGUGAGAAGUCUUCAUUUUGAAUUAUUAAGUUUCAUUAUGAAAUAGAGGUAUGGAAAGAACAAUUCAGAGAUAUGUCAAAGAACACCCUUUGGCUCAUGACUUUAUUAUAAUGUUAUAUAUAUUACUAAAAUUUUACCAAAACAAUCCCAACGGAGAAUGAUAUCAGAACCUGGCGGACACACGUAAUGAGAGGCUUGGGGGCCUCCUUCCAUUCUGUCCCUUCAACAAAAGCUUGACCUCUGUCCCUGAAGGACACUGGCUUGAGGACCAGCAGCUGUCUCCACAUCAGGAAUCAGUGCUUUGCAACUCGGAUGAGCACGAGGUCACGUCGGAAGCCCUUUUGUGUGUUGGUUUUUCUUUUAAUUUUUUUAAUUUAAAAGUUGGGCAAAUGUGUGAUUUUAGGACAGAGACGUUUCACCCUGCGUCUGUUCCCCACAAUGGCGAAACCCUGCGAGGAGAACAGGGAAGGUGAAGGGUUAAUUUGCGGCCGGGGAAACCUGAUGCUAAUUAAGUCUCAGGAAUGCCACAUACUGACACAGUAUCGCGCAGAGCUCAGAGAGGCUCAGGCAUGGAGGGAGCCUGAUGCUUUUAUUCCCCUCUGACAGUCUGGAGGUAAUGCACAUCGAGAAGUGCACAUCAAGAGUCUCUCGUGUCACGUUUGUGCUCAGUUGCAUGUGAGAGGAGAAGAUCAGUGAUGGACUUUGGAGCUAUACUGUAGCUCACUCAAAGUUUGGAUAUUUUUGCGAUCACUGACCCUUUUUUUUUGGAUAUUUUUUUUUUUUCAUGCAGACAGAGAGAGAUUUAUCUGUCGCAAAAAGAAAAAAAAUGUUUUUAGUAACACCAGCGCUGUUGCUGCUGUUGCCCUGGAUCUCAGUGCAAGCCGUCGCAGAGAUCUGCCGGGGGACGCACUGCUUCGGCGCGGACACCGGCGAUCCAAGGCCGUGCACCGGAGCGCGCUGCCCGGGGAGCAGGUCCUCCAGACCGCCGCGGCAGCACGAACCGACGACGCACGGGAGAGCGGCGCACACCGUAUCCGGCCAGCACCACGCACACCCGGGCUCCCCGCUGGCGGCGGCGGCGGCGCGGAUGAGAGCGCCAGAGGUUCUCCCCGCGGGAUGCCCGGACGCGGAGUGCGCCGCCGCCGGGAAGCAGCCCCAACCCUCCAAUGACACCCGAGACUGCAGAGGGAUCGAGUGCCGACUGCCGCCGAGGAUACGGCCCCGAGUCCGCGCGAGGUCUUGUGUGGGAGAGGGCUGCGGUUCGGAGGAGAGCGCCAGCCAGCUUCCUCCCGUCCAUCUGUCCGACAGAGCCGCGCAGUUCCUGGGAGAUUUCCCGGAGCUCGGAUACCCGUCAUCGGAACUUGGCGGCGCGCCUUUGGGUGUCCAGCUCACGUGUGACAUCACACCAGGCGAGAAUGAGGUUCCCUCAGAAGAUGCCCUCAUCUUGCACCUCCAGCUGGCCAAGGGGCAGGAGAAGCUCGUGGAGGCCCUGCGCGCCCAGCAGAUGGUCAUCCGCGACCUGCAGCAGAAGCUCGCCGACCAACAGGAGGCGCUGCUGUCGCAGCAGAGGGAGAUCCUGGACCAGCAGCGGCGCAUGUAUGAGCAGAUGGACGUGGUGAAGGCCCAGUACGGCCUCCUCUCGGACACCGUCAAGCAGGUGUCCUUCCAGGGCCUGCAGGGUGAGCUGCAGAGCUACUUCGAGAGCCACCUGGCGGGCCUGCAGAGCCAGGCCCGCAGCCACCUGCAGAAGUCCUACGCCGUGCACAAGAUGGACAUGGACUCCAAGGCGAUGGAUGUAGUCGGAGAGGCUCAUUUUCCUCAACCGCUGCUGGCCUGCCCGUCGGCCUGUGGGCGGGAGGAGUUCUGUGAUUUUCAGAGGGACCCGCCUCAGUGUGAGAAGUGCACCAUGUGUCCGCCGGGCUUCUUUCUCAUCUCGCAGUGUUCUCCUACAGCAGACAGGAUGUGCCAGGACAGAGAUGAAUGCCUCGAAGUGCCGAACAUUUGUGGAGAGCGAGUGAAGUGUCUUAACACUCCAGGGGGGUUCAGGUGUCUGGGGGUUUCUGAGCGAGAAGCAGUGAUGGGCUUCUGUGGUCCCGACUACUUCUACAACCAGGAGCUGCAGGAGUGUCAGGCCUGCACCGACUGCAACGGGGAGCCCGUCUCUGCUCCCUGCGCCGCCGCCACGGACUCCGUCUGCGGGCGGCCUUCGCAGGUGCGACUCUCUCGGUCCUGGGGGGCCAGCGUGGGGGUACCCCCCGCCAGUUCCCCCGGAGGCCACAUCUUCCCCGGGCUUCAGCUCAGCAUCCGGGGCAAGGAGAAAGUCGACCUGCUGUCCAACGAGGCCGGUCAGGUGACGUUCCUGCAGCACGGCCUCGUGUGGCUGGAUCAUAACUUUGCGAUAAAGCACAGCUGCAGGAACUUCCUCCAGGUGGGCAUGCGGCUCAACGGGAGCCAGGAGGAGGAGGGGGGUCGCGACCUCAGCGGCGUUCGCAUCGAACAGCCGGACGGCAAGUACUACCAGGGCGUCAGCGUUAGCAGCGGCGUCGAGGUGGAGCCCGACCACACCUUGGCUCUGCUGCUGAGGAGCCCGAAUCAGCACUGCAACCAGAGCAAGGACCUCCACCUGUACGAGGUCGCCGCCCCCUCCGUCAGCCUGCUCUGGCUGUCGCACGACACCGGCGCCGUGGCCAUGACGGCUCAGAUGUCCCUGCUGACGCACUACCAGACCAGCUACCGCCCGACCUUCCGCAUGACCUCGGUGUCCGACCCGUACAUGGUCGCCCUGACGCACGACAGCCGCGGCGUGCGCUUCACGGAGAGCGGCGUGGUGAAGUUCGUCCUCCAACAGGCGCUUUACUCCAUGGGCCACUCCUGCAUUCGAGAGGGUUUCUCCCUGAUCGCCUACGUCAACCGCAACGGGACCGGCCAGGAGGCGCUGCAGGCGUUCAAGGCGGGCGUCAACUACCGGGACACCUCCGUCACCCUCUCCGGCGCCGUGGGCGUGGCCGGCGGCGACGCGCUCACCUUUGAGAUCACGUCUCCGUCGCAGUGCAACACGCGCUACUUCGGGGACAGCAGCGGGAUCAGCGUGCUGAGCCUCAUCUGGGUUCCCUCGGCGGUGUCGUCAGCGCUGAGCGCCACCGUGUCCAGGGCGGGCCUCCCCUCCGGGGCGGUCAGGAACAAGCCGCUGUCGUUCCAGCAGAUCGGCGCCGACUCGCCGCAGGUCGGCCUGGCCCGCGCCGGCGAGCCCGGCAGCCGCAGGAACUUCGUCUUCCGCGAGGAAGGGACGGCGAACGUGGCGCUCAACCUGAAGCUGAUACACUCGUGCAACAUCGUGAAGGUCACCUUGCAGCGGGCGGGGGGUCAGGGCGGGCAGGCGGGUCCUGUGGCUCAGCAGGUGUCCGGGGCGAUGCCUGAAGGUAGCGAGUGGGCGAGCGUCGGGCUGAGGGCCUCGUUUCCGGUGCAGAACGGCACGGCGGUCUACGUCACCCUGGACUGCGUCCGCGGGCGGGUCAACCAGAUCACGCACGAGGGCGGCACGAACAUUUCAAUCCUCUGGGUUGCAGUUUGAUCCGAGAAGCCUUUUUUUUAUCCUCAUUGCGUUUUCAGAAGAAGAAAAAAAAGACAGUUUUGCACAAUAUUGAAUUGCAGAGCAGAUUCAACAAUUGACCCAAUUAAGAUGGAAACAAUGUUGUUCAUCUAUUACACAUAUUUUUUUCAUGUUAUCAUUUUAAAAGUAAGUUUCCUCACCUGUUUAGACUUUUAUUGUGAAAUCCCUUUUGGGUGUAAUUAACUUAGUGUAAGUACUACUUUCGCUUGAAUUACUUCGGCUGGUUGAGCAGUGACCAAUUCUUCUCUGUGUGUGUGUGUGUGUGUGUGUGUGUGUGUGUGUGUGUUGGCAUGCUUACCUUUCUAUGAGUCGUUUAUUAUGCAUAUCCUUCUGAUCCUACACAUUUCUAACGUAUUUAACCAACGUUUUCAGUAUAAUACUAUUAGGCAUUUAAAAAUACAUUUUGGGAAAUGCGCUUGUACAACUUCUGGAAGAGCUAAAUGAUGAGACUCCACGCUAAGUUAGCCUAGCCUAGCUUAGCUUAGCUUAGCACAAAGACUGGACAAACAGCUAGCCUGGUUUUGGUGUUCUAAUCUCAUUAAGGUCAUCAUGACACAAACAAACAACACAAAAAUGCUAAAUGUUUGCAGAUGUUUGCUCUCGUUGAUUUUAGUUUACGUUACAAAACAAGCGCUCCUCCAUAAACUGUCAACGUGAUUUUUCCAAAAAGACAAACUAUCCCUUCAACGCUCUGCAGAGGAGCUAUACACACACGCUAGGUAAACUUGCACAAGCAGGAGUUGGUAUUUGAUGAUGAUAUUUAUUUGCUUUUUAUAAAAACGGGACUCUUGCAUUCACACUAUUGAAUAGACAUAUCUGUCACGAGAAAAGUAUCAAAUAUAUGCACGUGCAUCACUGUAUAGCCAGUGUUGAUAUUCAUUAAAACAUUCAGCGGCAGCCUCCACCGACCGUUGAUCUGCAGACGUACAGUUUAACAUAGAAUCACGGAAUGUGCAAGCAUCGUACGUGUUGUUUUCAUGCAUAUCGUUACUGCCUCUGUGUGUUCUGCCUGUAACCAAUGAGGCAUAAUUAAGAGUUUCAUGGGGCUGCCAGCGAGGCCGGCCGCAGAAAUCCCUCAGAUUUGUGUUUAUGUUUAGUGAUUUUUAUGUUGGUUGAGUUGCCCGCAACAUCUCAAUGUAUCCCCACCAAAUAAAACGUAUGCUUAGCCAAACUUUAAAUCCACCUUGUUGGUAUUUUAUUGCGUUAGGUGACAUUUUGUUUCACAUAAUGUGAAGCGUUCCUGUUAAUUGCUUGAGAUUCACGUUAUUGCUUUAAUUCUAUUGUUUUUCCAUCAAGCCAAGGGGCAAACGUUUAACAUUCAGACACUACUCAUUCCAUUUAAUCUCAA